ACCCACCCAAACCCCUGACCAGGCUCUGAGACUUGCGAAGAAGUUUGAUAUUAAUUGGUUCAUGUUUGUCGAUAGUUUUCUAAAUGCAACAAAUAAAACCAAAAUUGAAUCAUGAUUAAAAGUGAAAAAUUACGUACGCAAAUGUAAAUCUGAAGUUUUUUUUAAAAACAACAUAUGCGAGCAGUACGUUUUACAUUCAAGUUGUUGCAAUUUUGGUUGGGCAUGGAAGUGGGGCAUAGGGGAACAAUUGAAUUCCACUAUUCCAGAUCCAGAUGAUAAAUCAGGGUCCUCGAAAUCGAAAAGUAAUUCAACCUUGUUAGUUCUCAAGUUGACGGCGAAUAGACGAUUAAGAGUUAAACCAUACGUAGUAUAUGACAUCUCCAUCACAACGAUUGAAUCCUUUGAUAAUCAUCUCGUAAUAACGAUAGAUGAUGGCCAGACAUGAGAGCAGCCAUAACAAUUCAGGUUAAAGAAGGUAACUUGGGCUUCAAGCAUACACAAUUCAACGGCUUAUGGGACCUAGUACGUACUCUUAUUUGAGGAAUACAAAUUAAUAAGGCUUCCUUCAUUACAUAAUCAUCAAUUCUUUCGACCUUUUCCCCCUCACCAAAAUCGCACCCCUUCCAAAACAAUGGCCACACAUAAGAGCAGCCAUAACAAAGGAGAAAGAAAGAGAACGAUUUCUGAAGAAGAUUUAAAGAAUUACGCCGUGAAAAAGGCUCUGAAAUUGGCAAAGAAGUUGAAGACUCGUAUUGUUUCAGGCGAUUCGAGGUUCGUAUGGGUGAAAAAGAUCGAAAGAGAUGUGACAGAACAAGGAGUUGCCAAGAUGUUGGAUCAACUCAGUGUUAAAUCUGAAUUGAAGAGCCGCCAGAAAUUGAUGACUGAGUUUGAAAAGGGGAAGAAGAACAGAGAAAAGAGAGCGCUAAGAAUUACUUUUACUGCAAAGAGAACGAACUAGUGAUGAAACCGAUGUCUUAGAGAAGAAAGAGACAGAGUUCCGAUGUAGAGAAGAAGAAUUACUUUUAUUGCAAAGAGAACGCUCUAUGACCCAAGCCGAUGUCUUAGAGAAGAAAGAGACAGAGUUUGGCUUUGAACAGUAUACGGUUAGGGAAGAAGAAUUGCUUUUUUUGCAAAGAGAACGCGCUAUGGAUGAAGCCGAUGACUUAGAGAAGAAAGAGGUAGAGUUUCGCUUAGAACAGGUUAAGUCUAGGAUUCGGUUUCUAUCCAUGGAAGAAGGUGACGUGGUAUUAGGUUCUGGUUCUGAAGUUAAUCUGGAUUCACAGGUAUAUUGUAAUCCCCCGUAAUUCUAUACAUUUCAUUUAUAUAUUUUAACGUAUAUUUAAUAUAUUUAAAUAAGAAUUUAUGAAUUUUGGAAAUAAAUAUAUAAUUAACGUGCAUUUAUUUAUUACAUUUUAAUAUUUUCAACGAUUUACGAAAUCGAAAAUGAUUUUAGAAUUUUAAGUUGAAAAGAAUUUGAAUUACGAAAAUUGAUUGAAUUUAGAAAACGAUCCUAUUCAGUUUUGGACUCGAAUCAUAAAAGCUAAAUCCUACUCCUAGCCCAAUUGGGGAAAGCCCAAACCAAUAAAACCCAAACCAAUACUCCCUUCCCUUUUCUAAUUCACGUGAGACCAAAGGAAACAACAAAAAAAAAAAAAAGAAAAAAAAAAACCCUCUCCCUCCUUCAACCUCACGUACAACACCAAACACUCAUCCCUCUCAGCCGUUCUCUCUCCUCCCUUCACGUCCGCCGCUUCUGCCAAGCCGUCGGACCGCCGUUGCUUCACCACCGUCGACGUGCUCCUCUCCCCUUUGCCGGUUCUGUUUUCUUGAACCACCAGCCAGCCGCCGCGUGCGCAGCCGCGACCCCCAGGCCAACCACCACCUGCAUCUUCGUCGCAGCCCUGCCCAGCCGACACCCUCUUCGAUCUCUCUCCUCCUUCGCGUAGAAACCAUCUCCUCCCCUGCUUGUUUCUUGCGCAAGCCAGCCGGCCGCCGCCAUAACAUUGUCGUUGCCGUGCCGCCGCGCCACAGCACCACCUCCGGCCAACCACUCUCCCUUCCCUCUCUCUUUUGGCGGAGAAUUCUCUGUAGGCGACUUUUGAAUUAUUAAAGUGGUCUUGCAGUUUGUUUACACAAGGAAUAAAAUGUUUCUUUCCAAGUAUACUAACAUAGGAUCCUUCGAGAAACUUGAUAUAGAAACCCCUGAUAUUUACGUGAAGAAAAUUGUGUUUGGAUGUGAAUAUUAUGCUAAAGUUCAAGGGCAACCUAUCUUAAUGAGAAAGGAUAUCAUAGCAGCCACAAUCAUUAAUUGCUUACCUAACAAAUUUCCAUACCUAGAACUCAAGGAAAAGUUUAAAGACAUGCAUUCUGAUAAUGGGACUCCAAACUUGACUAAGUAUGGAACUUGGGAUGGUAGAUGGAAAUAUGAUUCAGAAAUUCUGACCACCAUUAUUGAAGCGGCAGAAAGUGGGUUUAGAGACGGUAAAAUCGUAGGGAGUCAUGUUGGGGAUUCAGUUACAGAAGAACCUAUGGGAAUUAGUGUAAAUAAUGACCUAGAGGAAAAUGAUGUAGCUGUGGAGAAUGAGAAUGUAGGUGUUGAGGCAGAGUAUCCUAACCCAGCGGCUCAUGAGCCAACCAUUGAGAUCUCUAGUGAUUCGGAUGCAGAGCUCGAAAGUGAACAGGAGAUGGCAAGUGAGCCUAAUCAAGAUGAAGACAUGGGUGAAGAUGCAAACCCUGAGGAAGACCCCGAUGAAGACCCUGAAGAAGAGUUCGAUAAUCUUGAGAUCUAAAUUUCACUUCGCAAGUUUCAGGAGCAAUGGAUAGGCAAGAGGCCACAAAUAUUUUGAAGUCAUAAAUAGUUAAUUUAACUCUUUUAUGUUUUAGAGAAUAAGUAGCGAAGCUACAAUAGUUUAAAGUUAAAGUUUAUUGAAGUUUGAAAUGUUCUUUAUUAUUUUGAAGGAUGUAAUAAAUAUUUAUGGAGUUAGCAAUAAAAGUUAAAGUUUUCAAGGAAUUGUUCUUUAUUCUAUUUUGAGGAUUCCAUAAUACCCCAACCUUUAGGUAACACGUCAUGGAUUAAUUUUCCAUUGGUUGCAUACUCAGUGUGAAUUGUGGAUCAAUUUAAUUGCCACAAUAAUAUUAAAUGAUUUGAGUACAUAAAGAAAGUGAGGGCCAAUCUAGACCCUCAUGACCAAUAUGAUUCAAAAGGUUAUGCCCUAUGUGCAGUGUGUGAAUGUCUUUCGUGAAUUAUCGAGGAUGAUUAUUUUUCAAUGAUUAUUGCAUCUUGUAGACGAUCGUUGCACCUUCAUAAACGAUUGUCGUGCCUUCAUAAAUGAUGUGUAUUAAUGUGAACAUUGUUGGUUGAGGCGAACUUUAUGGUCAAUUCAAGUAUUAAAUUGUAUGGGAUAACGUAUAGGUGAUGUUUCAAACCUAAAGUAGAGUAUACUAAUUGCAGGCCGCGUUCUAGAAUGGCCAACAAUAAUGACUUAGUUGUUGCUAUUCGCCUCUUGGCGGAAAAGAUGACCCCACCUUUUUAGAAAACCAGAUUGGAGAGUUUGAGAAAUUGUUUGGGGAUUUGAAUUGUCUUGAGAAUAUGAGAGUGGGUCAAGUUGUCAUGUAUUUGAAAGAUGAAGCCGAUUUACAGUGGAGAGAAAUAGAGUUAGGCUUAGCGCUGCUGAAAGAUUCAAUUAGGAUUCAAUUGUUACUGCCUUAAGGGAAAGGUUUACCCUACCUUUUAUGAGAAAGCAGAAAGUUUAGGAAUUCAUAAACAUUAGUAUGGGGAGCAUGACCAUCGAUGAAUACUAUUGCAGAUUUAUAGCAUGACCACCUUAGGAUUAGGUGGGGAAACCUCUACAUCUUUGGAUUUUGUGUAUGGGGGAGAUGCUCAUAUUUAUGGGUUGCA